GUGUUGGACAGUUGGAGCCGGAGGCGUCGGGGAGUCAUGCUUCUUUCCUGACAGCUAUUCUCAUGUGAGAAGGCGCGGAUUCCAAUGGCAGAUUCAUCCAGUGACUCUGAUAACUUUCGUCAUAGAAUUGGAAGACGGGGUCCUAUAAGAGCAACCAGAAUCCAAAAUCAUGGAACUGAAGAUGUUACAGAGAAGAUUCACACUUUAGCAAAUACUUUGCAGGAUGCAAAUUGGAACUUAAAACAUGUGGAUCAGAUGUUGGGCCAGUAUCGAGAGUAUAACAACGAGCAGGCAGAAACAAUUGCAAAUCUUAAAGAAACUUUGGAACAAUCCUUGGGCCAAUUAAGGAACCAACGAUUAUUGAGAAAUUCUGGAGUAAGAAGCGCAUCUCUUUCAAGCUUGUAUGCAAGUGACCUGGAUAGUGGAGCUCCAGAAGUUCAUCAUUUCAAGCCUACCUCUCCCCUCAGAGAUUACAGUGCAACACUGGGUACCAGGCACCGGCGGUCUAGAUCUGCUGUUCGAUUUGUUGAUCAGCGAGGUAACUUGGACCAGCUGCAUUCCUUACACCAGUCACUCAGAGAUCUCAGCAGUGAACAAAUUCGUUUGGGAGAUGACCUCAACAGAGAACUUUCAAGAAGAAAUCGAAGUGAUGCUGAAACGAAAAAAAGAUUAGAAGAUUUAUCUGGCAGACUUGAUGAAUCGCAAAGACAGGAGUCGGUAUCAGAGCGGGUAGAGAGAAGACUUCAAGGGAUUGAACGAGAAAUCCGGUCAGAAAGGCAAUUGAUAGAAAGACGCCAAGACCAACUGGGACACAUGUCUGUGCACCUGCAGGAAGCUUUAAAGCAACAAGAUGCUAAAGCUAAUGAAGCAGAGAUUGUCUUGAAAAAUAAAAUUGCAAAAAUGGAAGAUGAAAAAAGCAAACUUGAACAGGUUUUGGAGCAUUCCCGGAGGAAACUGGAUCAUUCAGAAAGUAGUAGAGAAGUUCUUCUCCAGCAGAUUGAGGAUCUCCGUUCCCAACUCCUUAGAGCGGAAGAGGACCGUUUGACUCUGCAGCAUCAAAUAUCUCAGGUUGCUAAGCAUCCCCGAAGCCAUCUAGAUGAGCAGCGGGAUGACAGGAGGAAGCAAAGAGUUGUUGAGAGGUCUGAUCCAGAGAGGCAAGAGAUGGAGAAACAGAUCUGGGAAUUAAGAGCACAAUUAAACCACAGUGCUGUAAUGUCAGAGAUAGAGGAGCUGAAGCGAUGCGUUGAGCGCAAAGACAAAGAGAAAAUGCAGCUUGGAAUGCAAAUGGAGGCUUUAACAGCUGACUUGGAAAAGAGGGAGAACCAGCAGCAAAGGAUGUUGAGCCAGCUGAAGGAUAUACAGAACACCUAUAAAAUCUGCGAAAAUGAGCGCAGAGCUGCGGAAGUACAUGUUACAGAGCUAGGUCAGCAACUAGAAGAAUCGACCAAGGAAGCAGAGACGUACCUAGCUGAAUUGAAACAAUCUGAAGUACUAAGACUAGAGAUUGAGAAGAAAAAAGAAGAGUUAAAACUCAAAGCUCAGGAAUCAAUUCGAUACUGGAAGCUAAGGUGUAAAAAACUAGAACACGAAAAAGAAAAACAAACUGAACUUCAUAGCCAGUUGAUGGAGAAGAACAAUUUGGUUCUUAAAGAAAAGGAUGAAUUGAAGAGCCAGCUUCUUUCAACUAUGCAUCAGAUGGAAAAUCUUCAAAAGGAACUGACAGAUGUUCUUGAGAAAAGGGCCAGACAAGAAGAGGAGCUGCACUGUAAAGAAAUGAAACUCAGUGAAACUAGAUCCUUGCAGAUGGCCCUUGAACAAGAAAUCAAGGAUGUCAGAAAAACAGCAGAUAAACUUGAGAACAAACUGCAAAAUGAGAGUCUAAUACAGACUCAGAUAAAAACUGAGAAAAAGCAUUUAGAGGAAGAACUUGCAAGUAUCAACAUGAUCCAUGAAAAGGAUCAGACAAGAUUGUCAGAAAUGCAAGCAGUUGUAAAAAACCUGAGUGCUGUUCGGGCUGAACUGGCCAACCGAAUAGCAGAAGAGGAGAAAUCCAAAAAAGAAAUGGGGAAAUCAGUCAUGGAACUCCAGAAACAAGUAGAGUCUGGUCAGGAGGAGAUGGCUAUAGUCAAUAAGCAACUGAAACUGGAAAGAGAUGUCCACAAACAAGAGCUGGCAAAACUUCAGUCAGAAUUGCAGCAGUUGAAAACCAAACAUGACCAACAUGUCCAAGAGAUGAUGAAGCUAUUCAACCAAGAAAAAGAGGAGGCAGCUAAUCACAUUGGAAUGUUGAAGGCAGAACUUAUAGAAGAAAGAAAUUUUGUAAAAGCUCAUCGUCGACAGGUAGAAAAAAUGAAAAUUGAAUGUGAUAAGCUAACAGUGGAGCUAACCCACAAGGAAGAAGAAAACACAAAAAUUAAGCGAAAAUGCCAUAUAAUAAAACAGGAAUUAGAUGAAAAGGUAAAGGAGAAACAUGGACCUGUAUAAUAGAACAGUGCCUGUU